AGCCGCACUAGAAAAAAAAAAGAGGGAAAGAGAGCGAACAUGUCAUUGGAUUUCCGCGAAUGAGCUUGAGCUCGAGCCAAGAGCGCGACAGCCUAAAUCUCUCGAAUCCCGGCCGUGAUUUCGCAUAGAACGAGAAGCAGACGGGCGGGCGGACGGACGGGCGGACGCACGAACGGCGCGGUUGCACAUGUGAUCCCCCCCGAGUGGUCGACCCCAUUUGGCAGACGCGAUGAAGAAGUUCACGAUCAAGGGUGUACUCGACGGAUUCCGGUCGUCGGUCCCGCAACCCGUCAAGCCCGACCAGGAGAUCGUCGAGAACCUGAGACCGGAGCACUUUCAAGUUAAGAAGACAUUCAGACACGGCUUCCCGCAUCAGCCGACAGCGCUGGCAUUCGACCCAGUUCAAAGGCUCCUAGCUAUUGGCACUAAAUCAGGAUCCCUCAGGAUUUUGGGCAGACCGGGCGUAGAUGCACACGUUAAGCACGAGGGAUGCGCGGCUGUAAUACAAUUACAGUUCUUGAUCAACGAAGGAGCAUUGGUGUCCGCUACGGCGGACGACACCCUGCAUUUGUGGAACUUUCGUCAGAAGAUACCGCAGGUGGUGCAGAGUCUCAAGUUUCAAAGAGACAGGAUCACUUGUAUUCACCUACCGCUGCAAAGUAAAUGGUUGUACGUCGGGACGGAACGAGGAAAUAUUCACAUACUGCACAUUGAAACGUUCGUUCUAUCCGGAUAUGUAAUUAAUUGGAACAAGGCUAUUGAAGUAUCUAGAAAGACCCAUCCUGGUGCUGUAGUACACUUGAGUGAUAAUCCUUUAGAUUUGAGCAAGAUGCUUAUAGGAUAUGCGACAGGGCAGAUUGUUCUAUGGGAUUUAAAAACUAAAAAUGCCGACUACAGAUGUCAAACGGAUGACCCGUUGAAAUCGAUAACAUGGCACCACGAAGGUAAACAAUUUAUGUGCAGUCACACGGACGGUUCUCUUUCGACUUGGACUGUUCGGCAGUUGAAGCCAACAAACGUGACAUAUCCGCAUGCAAAAUCCACUAAAGACGGAGAACCUGAACCUUGUAAACCCAUUCAAAAAGUAGAAUGGAAAUUGUCGAGAUCAGGGGAAGCGUAUGUGAUAUUUUCUGGUGGAUUAGCAUAUGACACUACUGGGAGAACACCCAGCAUUACCGUGAUACAUGGAAAAACUACCACGGUGCUCGAAAUGGAACAUAAUGUUAUAGACUUUGUAACGCUGUGUGAUAGUCCAUGGGCUAGUGAUUUUCAAGAUCCUUACGCUGUUGUUGUUCUACUACAAAAUGACCUGGUUGUGAUAGAUUUGUUAACUUCUGGAUUCCCGUGUUUUGAGAAUCCGUACCCUAUGGAUAUUCACGAAUCACCCGUGACAUGUUGCUCGUACUUCGCGGAUUGUCCUUCGGAUCUAGUACCUGCGUUUUAUUCCGUUGGAUCGAAGUCGCAGAAGAAAACCGGCUUCAGCGAGAAAGAAUGGCCUAUUUCCGGUGGAGAAUGGAGUUCUAGUUCUAGCAGUUAUAACGAGAUUAUUCUUACUGGACAUGCCGACGGCAGUAUAAAGUUUUGGGACGCUUCUGCGGGAACAUUACAAGUCCUUUACAAACUAAAGACGGCGAAACUUUUUGAAAAAACUAGAACGCGUAGUAUAGAUUCCGAGGAAGACCCGUUAGCGAUUCAACUUAUCUUCCUUUGUCCUGAAAGUCGGAAAUUAGCUAUUGCGGGAAGUGGCAAGCACGUUGUGUUGUUUAAAUUUAAGAAGGUUGAGAGUAUGUCCGAAGUAGUGACUUUGGAAAUAUGCUUAUCGGCGGAUCCUGGGAGAGAAGGGGACAAUUCACCGGAUCGCGAAUCUCCGGCAACCGGCAACAUCGUGGAGUCGAAGAUUACGGAAUUCAAUCAUCCCCUCAAAGUCAAGACGGGUUUGCAGAAAAGGGCUGCCGGUUUUCAAGCAACAUUGAUCUGUUUGACGACAGCACCUAGCGGAGAGCAACCGGAGAAUAUAACAUCCCUUAGUUUAAAUUCCUCAUACGGCCUAUUGGCCUACGGAAACGAAUCGGGGUUAGUGAUAGUGGAUAUCGUGCAGAAGAUUUCUUUAAUCGUGUUAAAUACCAGUGACCUUGGAGGUGGUUCUGAUCCUUAUCAACGCGUCUUACGGAGUCCUAAACGACAGGACGAGAAACGAGAAAACGAAGACAAAGCAAGAAGUCCAAGCACAGACCAGAGUCAACGAGAAUCCGCGUUGGAAUCCGAGCCGGUAGUUGCAAGGAUAGCGGAUUCGAAUCAACAAGUACAGCAGCAAACGUGUCCCCGCAAUGAAAGUCAGACCGGAAACAGUAGCGAUAAAUCGAGCGCGGAGGAAUCCACGAGCGAACCAAAUAAAGCGGGACAGCUUCCUAACGGCGACGAGUGUCAGAAAAGUCAAGGUUGGAAGGGAUUUAGCCUCAAGAGACAACUAAGCAAGGUUGAUCUGAAGAUCAAAAAUACUUUUACACCGUCCUUGGUGUCUUCGCAGAAUGGGAGCUCGUCAUCGGGGCUCAUGCAAGUACCCCAAUGUCAGCAGGUAAGCGGCGAUGCUGGCAGUCAAAAGUCUUCCACAUUUUACUGCAAUAUCAGCGAAACAGCCAGCACGAGUCGUUCGCUCUCGCCGGUCGAAAGCGUUGACUCUGAAUCCUCACUGUCGCCGGAUAAUCAGUCUUCGGGAUGCGAAAGCCCCCAGAUCCCGGACGAUAGGAAACGAGAGAUCCAAGAGGCUAGAAGCCCGACGGAGAGCGAGAAUGAGAAAACGACGAUAAGCGACGAGAGUAUCGGCGCGAAAACCGAGGCGGUGAGACCGAUGAAUCUAUCUCUACCCGAGCACGAAAUAAAACCGCCGAGAUUGAAGCGUAUCGCCAAGAUGAAACAAGCGAAGAGAGGAGAGGGCCGCUUGCUCUCGGUGCCGAAUCUGAAAUUUCCCAAAAACGAGCCGACCGUUUGUGACCUAAGAUGCGAAGAGAGCGCUACCACCGAAUCGUUCACCGGCAAUCUUAUAAGAAGAUUCAGUCGGGUAGACAAAUUCGACGGUUCCUUUCAACGAUCAAGGAGCUCGAGUAUGUCGUCCCUCGAGAACAUCACAACAGAAACCAUAAGCUGCCUUACAUUUGCGGAUUCUUAUACGAAAAAAAAUGAUACAAACGGUAAUCCAACUUUAUGGAUUGGCACGUCUCUGGGAUCUGUACAGACUGUUGUAUUCAAUACACCUGCCCAAAGUGAACGUCAUGCUCAUCCAGUGGUUGUGUCUACUUGUAAUGGAUCUACUUUCAAACUCAAGGGUUGUAUUCUAUCUAUGUCAUUCUUAGACUGCAACGGCGCUCUGAUUCCGUAUUCCUACGAGUCUUGGAAAGACGAAAACACGGAUGGCAAAGAACGCAACAAGAGUCAAGGAAAAUGUACAAAUAGUCGAAUGUCACCGUCGAUGAACACACAAGUCAGCGGGGAUAGUUUCGAGGACAGGCAAUUCGUCGCGCUCGCGUCGGAGAAGCAAGCGAGGGUUGUGGCGUUACCCUCUCAAAACUGUGUAUAUAGGCAACAACUGGCGGAGACUCAUAUCGUAAUUAAGGCAGAAGUUACGUCUUUGAAAGAUAAUGUCUGUCUGGUGUGUUACGUUUCGAACGGUCACAUCACAACGUAUAGUCUGCCCAGCCUUAGACCGCUGAUAGACGUCGACUUUCUACCUCUUAUAGAUUUGAGUUUUCAGACCACAAAACACGGCAUUGUAGACCCCAUGUUGUCCAUAUGGGGUCAUCAACUCUUUGUUAAUGGCGAUACCGAUCAGAUUGCAAAGACGCUUUGCCUCAGCAAUCGAGGUCACGGUUUAUAUCUCUCAUCACCUAUGGAAAUACAGAAGUUCUCCGUUUCGAGCGAAUUCUGCGGCGAACUGACGGAGAUGAUGGGCGAUCUAUUUAUCGGUCACGAUAUGCCGGAACCGCCUAAAGAGAGUUUCUUCAAAGGUUUAUUCGGCGGGGGUUCGAGAAGCCUCGACCGAGAGGAGUUGUUCGGCGAAUCCAGCGGUCGUGCAUCGCGCACAGUGGCGAAACACAUCCCAGGACCAAACGAGGCUAUCCGCGAGCGAGUAGCUUGCGCGACGGGCGAGGUGAAUAUAGCGCACCAGAUGGUCGUGGAGCGCGGCGAGAAGCUGUCGCAGCUCGAAGAUCGGACAGCACGCAUGAUGUCGGAGGCCGAGAAUUUCUCGCAGAGCGCUCACGGACUGAUGGUCAAGUACAAAGACAAGAAAUGGUACCAGCUAUGAGAACGCAGUUCGGACCGGUGGAACGACGCACGUUUCUUUAGUUUCUUAGCGUUCGUGUUUCGUCUAUGAGUUUUGUCGUAUUAAGAAACUUAGACGUACUACGAUCCUCACACACACGCACACAUGGGAAACAUCUACACGAGAAAAGAGGGAUAAUAGAAGGAAUAAUAUGUACAUGCGAUCGCCUGUGCGGUGCACACGGCACACACGCACAUUCUGUAACGAGUUAUAAACACAAAAAAAAAAUUAUAUCUCAAAGCGAAUAAGUAUAUCAGGUGGCGAGAUCUCUCAAAUGUGUAAUUAUAAAUCUUUGCGUACGGAUGAGUAAAAGAGAGACGUUAGAAUAGAGACCACCACAAGCUUCGCCGUGAUGCAUCUGCGCGGAUGUGACAUGUACACGUAUAAUUAUAAUUAUAUAAAAUAUAAAGUAUUUAACGCAAAGAUAUGCGACAGAUGAUUGAGAUAUACGCGAGUCAAUAUAAGCAAUUAUGUAAUAAUUCGCCUUUUAACCGAUGGCACUCGUUAAUUCAUUCGGACGUCCUGUGAACGCUGUUUAAUGGCGCCUUGCCUUGUUUGCUUCUCAGCAAAGAAUUGCCAAUAAGUAUUUACGAACGUCACAUUGUUAUGGAUUUAUGCACUUCUGAAUAUAUAAGAAUCAAGUGAAAUGCCAAGAAUCGCAUUAGUUUUAAACCGACUAAAAAUAGUAUAUACAUAUAAAGUACACUAUAUGAGUUCUUAGAUUAAUAUUAUAUAUGUGUUACAUAAGAGAAUAUAUAUUACUGGAACGAGAUACACACACGUGACUACUCAUACAACAUAUUAAUAAUGCCAUUGAAAUUUGCAGUGUAGUACACAUAUUGUAGAGAAGAGUUGUUAUUGACUAAUGAUUCUUAUUCCGCGAUGUAAAUUUUAUAAUCGUGUACAUUGUAAGCUGACCUGUAUUUAAGUACUUAUUGUUACGCGAACGUAGAUAAUUUCGUAAAUAUACGUUAAGGAAAAUGAACGACCAAUGCGAUUCUGGCAAGUUCAACGAGUUACGCGGUAAAUGCAGAAGGAAAACUUGUUACGAUCGACAGACGUGAUUUUAUCUUUAAGAAAGUUAGGAAUGCAGGCAAGACGGCACAGUGACACUAUUCCGAAUGCAUUGACAAUAAAACGUAGUUAAUUACUUGGUGAGAAAGAGUAUUGAGAUAAAAGUUGAAUGCAAUGAAAUAUAUUUUAUCCAGAAUGGCGAGUUGCGCAGACCGCAGAGGAGCUGCUACACUCGCCACACUGAUAAGAAUGUAUUAGUUGUUAUCGAUUGUAGUUAUCGCUAGACGUGCUAUGUAUAUAUAUAAAGAGAUGAAUACAGUAGUAGGACAGAUUCCGCGUUAUAAAGCUGUUUAUAUAACAAUGUGUUAUGAGUUACGCUAUUUCAAUGCCGACGAUAAGUUCAACUGGAUUUUACAACACACUCUUACACGACGUGAAAUAAGUCAACUGCUGUAAUUUUAACAUUACAUAUAGUUUAGAUUAAUUAAAGACAAUAUAAAGUAUGCAUAUAUAUAAGUAACCAGAUAUAUAUAUGUGCAUAUAUAUUUGGUCAUAUAUGUAUAUGUUUAUAAAUAUAUUAAUGAUAAGUUCCUUUGAAUUUAUCGAGGCUCUGAAUCGUCGUACUGCUUCCAUAGCAAUAACUGUAUAGUUGAUGUUAAUGGUACUAAUCACUCGUAUAUUUAAUAAUGUGCCCGCAGAGGAUUAAUUAGAAUGCAUUUUUCGAAUUGAUUCGAGCUCAUGAUAUAAUUUCCCUUGGACAAUAUACACGUAUAGAAAUCCGUUGUCCCAUUACACUCUUUAUCACGGGAUGUCUUCACUAUCGAUUACUAGUACAAAAAAAGAGGAAGCGCGAGCUCGUUCGUCGAGGUAUGCGAACCGUAGUUGAAAAUCCAUAUUGAUGCUGAAUUUGUAAUACGUUCGUGAGAGUGCGCAGUUUAGCGACGAUUCUGAAUUUCGAGAUCUUGUUUUAGCUAAAUUGCUGACUCUGACAGACGUUCCACUAUCUUACAUUUAGAAUUAUUAUUCCUCGGAUAUCCGACACUCAGUAUGUAAGCAGUUCAAUGGUAGAUAAGAUACAUUCAAAAUAAAAUAUAAAGUAUCCUAAGCAGCGGAGAGAUUUGUUAAUGCCCGAAUUACGAAUGCCGGUAUACAAAAUAGGAGAGAGAAAGGUAUUCUUUCAGUGAAGGAUCGUUUUACUGCUGUAAUAAUAGAAUAGAUAGUUUAAUGUGAGCUCUAGUUACGAAAGGCAGGAAUUAUACUAUUAUUUAAAUGUUGCAGUAAUAUAUUCUAACGUUCGUUGCACAAAGAUUAUAUUUAUCGGCAAUUUCUCAUUAUUUAUCAAAGAAUUUAGUCAUGUUUUGAGGAAAUUUCUGAAAAUAAAUAUAGUAUCAUCUAUUUUAAAGGCCAUAGUAUGUAAAAAAAAUCUCGAAAAUUUUCGACUGUGAUUAGUCGAUUCGCUUGUUUGUUUAAGUUCUGUUGCAUGUCUUUUAUGUGCUAUGGUCUUGAAACUCAGUAAAUACUAUUUAUAAGGUAAAUUUUUAACUCUUUCUAGCCCAUAUUUAUUCCAAUUAAAUCAAGUUUCCUAUUGUAAUAAGAAAAAAAAUUGUUUUCUAUUGUUUAUUGUUUUUACUAUUAUUAUAUCUGAUUAAUAAUAUAUCAUAUAUAUAUAUAUAUAUAUAUAAUAUAUAUAUAAGUAAUAGCGUACAACAAUUAUAGAAUUAUAGAAUGUACAGUUAUGUCUAAAUUACAGAUAAAUAUAUAUAGCUCACACACCACACACAUA